UGAAACAGCGCGCAUGCGCAGCAGGGCAGUGACGUGUCUGCUCGGUGUCACCCGGGAUGUAGAAACGGACCAGCCGAACCGGACCGGAGCGAAGCCGCGAGGGCAGCUCCACGCGCGGGACUAAAACUCAGGAGGGUUCGGUCAGGAGGGACCAACCGAACCGAACCGGACCAACCGAACCGGUUCCGAAUCACUGCUGGACCGGAUACCGACAGCUGAGCUAAGUUAGCGGCUCUUCUGCUAGCCGCUGCUGGGAGGAACUACCGGCCACCCGGCCCGGUUCCGACCCACGAACCAGCGCUGAUCCAGCCGAACCGGAGCCGCUGAGGAGGAGGAGCAGGAGGAGCAGUGAGGAGCAGCAGGAGCAGUGAGGAGCAGUGAGGAGCAGCAGCAGGAUGUCCCGCAGGCGGUCGGACCCCCGCAGCGGGCUCCUGACUGAGACCCAGACCCCGAUCAGCAGCGAACCUCUGGAGAACCUGUAUGAGGUCACCGGGGAGCUGGGCAGGGGGAAGUUUGCGGUGGUGCGGCGCUGCGUGGAGAAAAGUUCUGGGAAAGUUUUCGCCGCCAAGUUCCUGCGGAAGAGGAGGCGGGGCCGGGACUGCCGGGCCGAGCUGAUCCAUGAGAUGGCGGUUCUGGAGCUGACCCGGAACAACCCGCGGGUCGUCAACCUGUACGGCGCCCACGAGACGGAACACGACCUGGUCCUGCUUCUAGAAUACGCUGCAGGCGGGGAGAUCUUUGACCUGUGCGUCUCUGAGGAGCUGCUGCCGGAGGUCCAGAUGACCCGCCUGAUCCGCCAGACCCUGGAGGGGGUCCACCACCUGCACCAGAGCCACCUGGUCCACCUGGACCUCAAGCCCCAGAACAUCGUGCUGACCAGCCUGGCGCCGCCAGGAGACGUGAAGAUCGUGGAUCUGGGUCUGGCCCGCCGCCUGGGCUCGGCCGGCGAGCUGCGGGAGAUUCUGGGAACGCCGGAGUACGUAGCUCCAGAGGUCCUGAACUAUGAGCCCAUCACCACGGCAACGGACCUGUGGAGCGUGGGCGUGGUCUCCUACAUGCUGGUGACCGGAGAGUCUCCCUUCGCUGGAGACGACAAGCAGGAGACGUUCCUCAACGUGUCGCAGGUCAACGUGGACUACAGCCGCGACGCCUUCGGCCGCGUCUCUGAGCUCGCCGUCGACUUCAUCAGGAAGCUGCUGGUCAAAGCGCCCGAGGACCGGCCCAGCGCCGCAGAGUGCCUGACCCACCCCUGGCUGUGGCAGCAGCAGCUGUGCCUGAGCCCGGAGCUCGGCCCGGUCCGACCCGCCCGGGAGAGGAGCUGCGGCGCCAAGUGGGCGGCGCCGCAGGAGGACAAGGAGAACUUCCUGGACUCGACUUGUUCCCAGGCCAAGAGGUUCCGUCCAGAUGAGGAGGCGUCUGCGGACGGGGAGGCGGCUUGGCCUCCUCCUCUCAGCUUUUAAAUCCUUUCAGCUUCCAGAACUUUCUGACCCGCUUCACUGAUGGACUCGGACCCGUUUGGUUCUGGAGGAAGGCUGGUUUCCAGCCCCUAUCUAUGCAGUUUAGUUCUAUGCCUUAAAGCGGGUCUGCAGCAGGAACAGGAAGGUUCCUCUGACCCGGCAGAACCGACCCGGACCGUAGCUCAGGGCUUCAGUAGAACCGGUUCUGAUGAUCGUAGAGCAGCUUGGUUCCUUGGUAGCACUUAGUCCAGAACCAGAGGCUGGUUCUGACCCGACCCGGUUCUGCUACUUUUUAUUGUUAUUAUUUAUGUUCUUGCUGUUUGUUUUUAUUGGAGCAACGAGCUCAGCGGGCCGAACGGAACCAGGAAGGCCUGAAGGGUCCAAGAUGGAGGAAAGAGGUCAGGAAGGAAACAGGAAGUAGGAAGGAUUUGGACCCAGAGUCUGACGUUCAGGAUGGAGCAGAGGAAGGUGGAGAAAGUUCUGGAAGGUUUGAGGAGCGACCCGAUCAAACAGAACUGCUCAGCGGUGGGACAAUGUGGGCUUUGUGAGGACGGAGCAGUCCGUCCGGCGCCGCUCUGUCCCUCGGUUCCGUCAUCUAGAACUGCUGGAAGCCUGAACCGGUUCUGAUCCGGACGGGUCGGCUGCUGCUGGUUCUGACUGAAGGAGCCGAUCAGCUGGAAGGGUUCAGAUUUUUAUUUCUUCUUUGAUUUUCAUCAUCUGUAAUUUAAUCAACUGCUGGAUAACAGGAAGCAAACUGGAAAAAAACAACAAACAAACAAACA